AUGGCCGAAAUGACAUUUUGGAAGUUUACUCCCCGUCCACUGACCUCCAAACAGGCAGUGAAGGCUGGUUGGAGGAAAGACACAAAAUGCUCAGGAAAAGCCAAGUUUUUCUAUGGCAAUCGUUACUCCCAAAAGGACGAUGAUGCCACAAGGCUUAUCUUUGACUGUGAUGGGAACUUGGCUGGAAUGCAGGCGACGAUCCAUCCAACAAAUGAGUAUCCGAUCCCACGUGACCGGCCUCCGUGGAUUCCGCUUGAUGAUGGACGGGUGGCUGUCACUAUCUACUUCCGGGAUCCGGACGAAAUUUGCGUCUGUAAGGGGAAGUGUAAAAAGGGUGUAAAUAACAUACCACUAAUAGGAGACCGGAUGUGGUUACAGAUAACUGACUUCCGCUUCAAGAAAGACGUCAUGGUCAUGCCACUUAAAGAAAAUCAGAUUUCAGGGACGCCAUGGGUUGAAGGAACCUGUAUUUCUAGAAUGGGUGUCCACUACCACUACAACAUCUCUGUUGACAUGGAUUGUUACAGGGGCCUGCCAGUCUUUCUGCUGUUCAGUCAGCAAACGAAAUCUUUGAUUGGUUUUGGCUGGGGCGGGCCAGUUGACGUUAAAAGCGACACAUGGGAGAAGCCAGAUCCAUCUCUUUUUGCAAGAUCAAUGAAGAACGAGACAACACCUGCUUGCUUGAAAGAUCUCCAAACGGUGUCUGUUCAACAUGUUUAUUUUGUGGAUCCUUGUAAAAUCACUUGUGCUUAGACAGUCAUCUAUAAGAGAAUUUCUUCGAUUUCCCUUCAACGUAAUAAUGUGACUUGGAGGAUAAUUCUUCUCUUGAAAAAAAAAAUGUUCAGAAUCACAUAACCUCAGCUUUAGCUAUAACCGAUUAAAAUCGA